CCCCCUGCUUUGUCUUCUCCGCUAUUUUUUUAUUCCCCGCAGGACAUCAGAGCCCUAAGCCGCCGCCACUCCACCAACACCAACUUCUACUUUCACAGUCCUCCCUUGCGCAUGCGCAACGCCCAACAGCCAUGACCGACGAAGAGGAACUGAAUCUCUACGAUGAGAUCGAAAUCGAGGACUGCUUCUACGACGAGACCCUGCAAAUCUAUCAUCACCCGUGCCCAUGUGGCGAUCGCUUCGAGAUUUCCAUUUUCGACAUGCGGGAUGGGGAGGAUAUUGCGCGCUGCCCUAGCUGCAGCUUGAUGAUCCGUAUCAUAUUUGAUGCAGUAAGUAAAGAACACAGAUGA